AUGGCAGCGCCCUUGUCAGUGGAGUUGGAGUUCGGAGGUGGUGCGGAGCUCCUGUUUGAUGGUGUAAAGAAGCAUCAGGUCACUUUGCCUGGACAGGAGGAGCCCUGGGACAUUCGAAACCUCCUCAUUUGGAUCAAGAAGAAUUUGCUAAAAGAACGCCCGGAGUUGUUCAUCCAAGGAGACAGUGUGCGGCCAGGAAUUCUGGUGCUUGUCAACGAUGCCGACUGGGAACUGCUGGGUGAGCUGGACUACCAGCUUCAGGACCAGGACAGCGUCCUCUUCAUAUCCACAUUGCAUGGAGGCUAA